GACAAAACAUACUGGAGCAUUUGUAAACCGACACAAGAGUUAACACGUGUGUCAGACCUGUAUAUAUCCUGGCAAAGGACGGGUGUUCAACAAGAACAGCAACAUCGAAUCCCAGGCCAGUGUGAAUAACAUUCCUGGGGCUAUACAAGAUGUCGAUGGACGCAAAUCUGUCAGCUGUUUUGUAUAAGAAAGGUGAUCUUCGGCUGGAAGAUCGUACUGUCCCAGAACCUGGCCCGGGAGAGGUACAGAUCUCCAUGCACUCCGUGGGUAUCUGCGGAAGUGACGUCCAUUACUGGCAUUCCGGAGCUAUUGGCCAUUUUGUCGUAAAGAACCCGAUGCUUCUGGGCCACGAGUGUAGCGGAACUGUCAGCAAGGUCGGCAAGGGUGUAACACAUCUUAGAGAAGGGGACCGCGUGGCCAUAGAGCCAGGUGUUCCUUGCAGAAAAUGCGAGGUGUGCAGAAACGGUCGGUAUAAUUUGUGUCAAGACGUCUUCUUUCUGGCCACACCUCCAGAUAACGGAGCUUUAGCUCGGUACCACACCCAUGCCGCCGACUUCUGCUACAAGCUGCCUAAUAGUGUGAGUUUUGAGGAGGGCGCCCUGAUUGAACCUCUGUCCGUGGGUCUUCACGCCUGCAGAAGGGGAGGUGUCACCCUGGGGCACGUAGUUGUCGUCUGUGGAGCAGGUCCGAUAGGGUUGAGCGCCAUGUUGUCUGCUAAGGCUAUGGGAGCCUCUGUUGUAUGUAUGACGGUAAAUUUAGACAGUAAGCGGUUGGAGUUCGCCAAAGCUAUGGGUGCCACUCACACGGUUCUCAUCGAAUCAAAAGACGUAGUGGCGUUCACCGAGACCGUCAUUAAUACUCUUUGGGUCAGACCGGAUGUGGUCGUGGAAUGUAGUGGGGCCCAGUUUUCAAUCGACCUAGCAAUAGGGGUGCUGAAGCCCGGUGGCGUGCUCGUGAUGGUCGGACAUGGCCCAGAUAAUGUUUCCAUCCCUGCAUCCAGUACCAUAGCCCGGGAGAUCGAGAUCCGAGGAAGCUUCCGAUAUAAAAACACAUGGAAAGCUGCCCUGGACAUGGUGGCGAGCGGAGCCAUAAAUGUGAAGCCUAUGGUCACACAUCACUUCCCCCUGGAGAAAACACUGGAUGCAUUUAACACAGCCAAGUCUGGUGCUGGAAUCAAAGUGAUCAUAGACUGUUUUAGGGAGUAAAACAUUUAGCUCAGGGUACAGGAUAUCUAUGCACAAUUAACAGUAAUUCAUAAAACAUGCAUAUUUAAUGCAUUAUGUUAAUAUUGUCCUGCAUUGCCAUUGUGUUCGCUUGCUACGGACUUGAAUAAAAUAUUAUUAUAAUACAUUAUAUGAAGACAUACGAAUUCCCAUUUACGUGCGUAAUGGCAUCAGGCAUGUAAGGCGUGUCUGCAUGCUUGUCAGACUGCAGGGUAAAUGUAUUUCCUCAAAGCCUGUUGUUGUAUUUAUAUAUACGUCACUCACCUGUAGCCAACGUUUAAGGUUUAUAAUCAAAUAUAUGAACUGUAACUCACAUGUUGUGUGUCAGUUUAUUAGCAGUGCAACGUGUUCACUACAACUCGUGCUUAACUGUAAGGCAAAUUGAAAUCAUGUCAGCAAC